AUGAACUACAAAUCACUCAUCGUGUUAGCUGCCCUCUUGGCUUUUGCAGCCUUGGUCUUUGCAGAAGAAAAACGUUCAGCCGAUCCGGAAGCUGACAACCAAAAGCGUGACGCCGAAGCCUAUGACUACUACAGCUACUACUACCCCUAUUCGUACGGAUAUAAAUUUGGUGGCCAUAAACGUUCUGCUGUUGCUGAUGCGUGA